AUGCAAUCCGUCAGCGCUCUCCCACACGAUUUGACUAAUGGCCAUGUGUCGAACAUUCGCCACAUCGUAUGGGAGCGGUUUAAAUCAUAUAAACAUAUCGCGUUAUACGCAGUAAUUGGACUUUCACCUUUUGCAAUUCUGGUUUAA